AUGCUGGGCGCCGACACGAUGCUGGGCGCCGACACGAUGCUGGGCGCCGACACGAUGCUGGGCGCCGAGUCUCGCGAUAGCGUCGAGCGGGCCGUGGCCGCAGCCGCUGACUGUGCUGCGCCGGAGAACGAGGCCGAUAAGACGCGGCUCAGACUGUCAUCGUCUGUCAACCGCAGCAUCUACCUCGAGAGCUUCAUGGUAAUUCAAAAUAACAUGUUCGAGAGCGCAAAGUGCGUGAUGGGCAUCGCCGACGCUGACUGGACGGUGAUGUGUGAAUCGGGGAGGCGGCACUACGAGGAGGGCCUGACGCUGGCCGAAGGGCAACAUGGCAGGGUUCGUCAAGAUGCUGUACGCACUGGCAUUUUACUCGAUGCGCUCGAAGUGUCGACCAAGGUGCAGAACGAGCUGCUGUGCCUGCCACAGAAGGACCUGGACGCGGCAACCAAAGAUGCGAUUACGCUGGCCGAGGUGCUCAAACAGCGGGCAGAGCGCAUGCCCAAAGAAGCGGGAUCGACUUGUUCCUAA